UUUCUUCCCGCCAAAACGGGGGAGGCGAAGGGUCAGGGUAGCGAGGAGAGAACUGCGGUGGCCUGACAGUGCUGGGAAAGGGGCGGUUUGGGCGAGUUCGCCUUGAGAACAACGCUUAGAAGCUCCGAUAGGUUCGCCCGCAGCCAGCAACAACAUGACCCGCGAUUUCAAACCCGGGGACUUGAUCUUCGCCAAGAUGAAAGGCUAUCCCCAUUGGCCAGCCCGGGUUGAUGAAGUUCCUGAUGGAGCAGUGAAGCCACCUACCAAUAAAAUGCCUAUAUUCUUUUUUGGCACUCAUGAAACAGCAUUUUUGGGACCAAAAGAUAUAUUCCCCUAUGCUGAAAAUAAGGAGAAGUAUGGGAAACCAAAUAAGCGAAAAGGCUUUAAUGAAGGACUAUGGGAAAUUGACAACAACCCCAAAGUUAAGUUUUCCAGUCAGCAACCCCAUCCUGCUAUUGAUGCUGCAGUAGUUAAAGAAACUGCUCAAGAAAGCAGCCCAGAUGUUACAGAGGAGAAUGAAAAGAUGGGUCCUAAACGGAGAAAAUCUACAGCUCUUAAAGGAUCUGCUAAACAGGAUAAUAUGCCUCCUGAAACUGAAAUUGAAGAAAAAGAGAUGGAAGCGCCAAAAGAAGAAGAUCCUUCAGAAAAACCCAAUAGUGAAGAUGUAGAGAAAGCAAGUGAUGUACCAGUUCCAAAGGUUGCUAGAAGAGGGAGAAAAAGAAAGAUUGAAAAACAAGCAGACGCUGAGGAGGAGGCAGCAGCAGUGGUAGCGGCAGCUGGAGCUGUAACAACAGCAGUAGUGGCUACAGGUCCAAAAGCAAGUCCUAAAAGAGGAAGGCCCGCAACUACUGAAGUAAAGGUUCCAAAACCUAGAGGGAGACCCAAAUUGGUGAAGACACCUUGUCCUCCUGAGAGUGACAUUGUUCAUGAGGAAGAUAAGAAUAAAAGAAAGGGAGCUGAAGAAAAACCACCCAAAAAACAGCAGAAAAGGGAUGAGGAAAGUAAUAGGGAAGAAGAAAAGCUAAGGAAGGAUGCAGACAAAAAAGAGGGGAAAAAGGAAGUUGAGACAAAAAGGAAAAACAUCCCUAAAGUGGGAUCAGCAUCGGCCUCCGAUUCUGAAGAUGAUGGUGAAGAGCAGGAAGGAAAUAAAAAGAAAAAAGGAGGAAGAAAUGUCCAAGGGGCUUACAGAAGGAAUAUUUUAAAAGCUCAACAUGAGCGUGAGGCUACAGAAAGAAAACAUAAGCAAGAAGAGCAAAUGGAAACAGAGUUACAAAGCAAAGAAGAAGGCAAGAAACCAGAAGCUAAGAAGAUGGAGAAAAAGCGAGAAACAUCAAUGGACUCUCGUCUGCAAAGGAUACAUGCAGAAAUAAAAAAUUCACUCAAAAUUGACCAUCUUGAUGUAAACAGGUGCAUUGAGGCCUUGGAUGAACUUGCUUCACUUCAAGUAACAAUGCAGCAAGCUCAGAAGCACACAGAGAUGAUUUUGACCCUCAAGAAAAUACGAAAGUUCAAGGUCAGUCAAGUCAUCAUGGAGAAGUCUACUAUGCUCUACAAUAAAUUCAAGACCAUGUUUCUUGUUGGAGAAGGAGACUCUGUUCUUUCACAAGUGCUGAAUAAGUCACUUGCUGAGCAGAAGCAGCAUGAGGAAGCGAACAAAACUAAGGAACAGUGGAAGAAAGGGCCAAACAAGAAAACAGAAAAAGAUAGAGAGCAAACAGGCACAAAAAUAGUCAACGGAGGUUCUGAUGCUCAGGAUGCAAACCAGUCACAACAGAAUGGAGGAAGCACAGAGGAAAAAAGAGAGAAGCUUGAUGCAGGCAGUAAGAAAAAAAUGUCUGGUGAUGGAAGAGAACAAGAGAAGACAAAGGUUCCCACCUCUGAAAAUGAAUGAAUGCAGCCUAAUUUUUGUAAAUCACACAUUAAAGAGGACUAUAAGGGUUUGCAUUUGAGAAUUAGAUUGCUGAAAGUUUUAAAUUUUAUAAACAUAGUAUUUUAAUGUGUACAAUUUUGUGGGGAUUGUGAAGAAUCCCCUUUAACCUUUUAUUUUAAAAAUAUUUAAACAUCCUAAUAGCAUUUGCCCAGUAUUAACAGGCAAUAUGCAGUUCAGGUGUAAAGACCAAGUCAAUUUAGAGACUGAAAAGUGUUUGUAUGUUUAAUGACUAGCACUGUAGUAUAUGUUUCCCUGACUACUCUCUGUUCAUUUUUGGUCAGUGACAGGAAGAAAGUUACUUUUCUUUUAAAGUUGCCAAACUGUUCCACUUGUAUAAAUCUAUUUUUUUUUCCUGUUGUCUGUGCAUAGUUUUCAGAUCUGUUAUUUGCCAAAGUGUUUGUUCACUGUGUUUUGUAAGAAGCUGGAAGCGUUUUGUAGCAGCAGUAUACGUAUAUUCAGUGAAUUCUUUAUAAAGAAGUUAGUUUUGUUCUUGAAAGCUAAUUGUGCCAAUUUAAUAUGCUCUAACUUUCUGUGGUAUGCUUUGGAUAUUCUAGAUAUCAUACUAAGGAAACUGGUGUUUCCAGUAAAAUUACUGAUGCACAUCAGUCAAAAAAACAGUCUUGAAACAAUUUGUUUAAAAAAAAAUUAAAGUUAUGGAGAAAA